AUGAAAUACAUCAUACACGUAUAGCACUAGAAAAGUUCGUUUUACUACUAUUAUUAGAUUACAUCAUAUGUUUUUUUUGCUUGUCAAUAAUAUGAUUUUUAUUCAGCGGAUCAAAGAAUAUCCGAAGGAAACGGGCAUUGAUGUGUUCUUCCAAACUCACAGGAGACCCUUUACCCCUCUACGCAGGAAAUAAGAGAAAACAAAUCCAAAUCAGCCAAAAACAAUAUGAGGUGUGAGGUGUCACUUUCGGCAGCCAUGAAGAGGGAGGGGCGUCAACACGGCAUGGUCCAAACCCACCCCAUCAUUUCCUCACCUUGGAGGCCGAGGCAGCCCCCCAGCCGGCUGGAAUCAACCUCCACGGCUGGUUGCUUUGCUAAGGUGCCCCAAAAGCCUACCAACCGCUCCAAGUUCACGGGCAAGUGCGGCCGCCCAAGGUGUGCUUCUUGUCACUUCCAUCCCGCCGGUAAAGCUAAGGACAAGACCAAAGGGACUCACAAGCUGAAGUCGUGCGAUGUUGUUACGAAUUACAGAUUGGUUACUUGGCGGGUUGUGGAUGCGAGGCCCGGGUUCAACUUUACCGGGUUUUCGGCCACUGGGAUUUUGGAUCAUUUGGCCAAUGAUUGUUACAGUGAUGAUGUUGGAGAUGAAAUUGAUGAUGGGGAUGAUGAUGUUUACGAUUAUUACUACCGUCCUGCUGAUCGACGCCAUCAUCAUCAUCCAGCCGAUUGGGUAGUUGACUCUGCCCUUGCAGCAUCAACUGGUGUUGCUAUCGGGGAGCUGCAGGAUGAGUUUGAUGACGACGACGACGAAAAAAUGAGCUUCUGUGACGUGGGUUUUGCGUGGGAGCAGGUGGAGGAGGAGGGAGAUGAUGAAAUUGGAGGUUGGUGUUUGGUGGAAGAAAUUUGACGUCGCUUCAAGUCCUUCUUCUGCUAGCACUCUCUUUUUAUUAUUCUUAAUGGUUGCUUCUAUGUGAUUGUAAGUAAUUAUGCAACCUUUACAUUUUAUUAUUGUUAUGGCUGUUAUUAUUAUUAUUUUGUGGGGAAGACCACCCUGUGCAUUAUUGUACAAGUAAUUGUGACCAUUUGAAAAAGAAAAA